AAACUGUGUUUUCCCAAUGUAAAUUCUCGGAAUAGACGAAAAGAGGUCACAUGAUCUUAUUCAUAUAUAUUUAGGGCCGUUUCAAUCAUACAGUAUACAUUUUCAAUAGAAUCGUCUUAGCUAAAAGUUUAAAUUAAAUCACAACAAUGAAGAAGAGUCACAAAGGAAGCAGUCGGAAUUCUCUUGGAGCUGGAAGGAAGCCUAUCAGGCCAAUUGAACGACAGAAAAUGCGCCCUUGGUUGUACAACUUGUUACUGAAUGAGGACGUCAUGAGCAUCAAGUGGGAGUCGAAAAGAGAGUGUACAUUUAGAAUUGCAUGGAGGCAUGCAGCAAGACAAGGCUGGAACCCACGGGAUGACGCUGAUUUGUUUGAACGUUGGGCCAGACAUACAGGGAAAUUCAUGGACGGCGACGAUGCAGAUCCUAAACGAUGGAAAGCAAAUUUCCGUUGUGCAUUGAACAGUCUUCCUGAUGUCGAGGAACUGAAAGAUAGGGGUCUGAGGAAGGGAAACAAUGCAUUCAAAAUUUACAAAUUUCUGGACGAAAAGAAAAUGAAAUUAAAGAGGAAACAAAACAAUAAUUGUAGAGAAACUGAAAGUUCACCUAAACGAGCAUCUAAACGACUACAAAAUAAACCAUGUCGUCGUUUUGCCGACAGUGAGUCGGAUGAGGACGAGGAGGAAAUGUCGGAGGAUUCCGAUGAGUGCCAGUCCUCAAGACGACGAGAUUCAGAUGAAGUAUCGACCUCUGGUUCUGAGCCUGAGCUGAUUUCAGAACGGUAUAGUCGCUUUUCAACAGAUAGCAAUGAACUUCCUGUGUUUGAAAAGAUUUGUGGAGAAUCUGAUUUAUCCAUUUUCAAGCCUGAAAAUAAGUGCCAUAAUUUUUCCUAUAACCAAGGAUACAUUACCCUACCAGACACCACAAUGGCUAUUUAUAAUACACAAAGCGAUGAUGACAAUUGUAGUACAGAGAGUGAUAUGACGGAAGAAGAAUUAGUUGAGUUAAUUUUGAAUGUAGAAAGUCCUGGAGCCAGAGAGAUUGUUGAGAUUAAAGAUGAGCCAAUUGAUAUUUGGUCAUCUGUGGCAGCUGAUGUAACCAUUGGCGAAGACAUGGAGCAGGAUUUGUUAGAUGGUUGUGUUAUAAAUGAAACAGAAAACGUUGUUACACAACAAAUCACAUUUGGUGGUGAUAUGGGUUACACAUGUCUGGAUCUUUCAUUGAUAUGAACAUUGAUGUGAUUAACUUUGAUAUCGUAGACAAUCAAAUGUUACACGUGUAUGUGACUGUACUAUAAGGCGUGCUAUCACAAGAGAGACUUCUGUGAUAUAUAGCAAUUCAAUAAUAUGACUUUUCACCUUGUCAUACUUGACCUUCUAUUUGAGAGUUUGAAUUCAUUUUACCUCCGGGCAUGCAGUCACUAAACAAACCGUAUGAAUACGGAGAUUCGGGAGUUGUGCACGGAGAAGGACAGCCAUUGGACGAUCUAUAAUAUUUGCUGUAGUUUUUAAUUCAUCUGAAUUGGAUAUUAACGUGUGAUGAUGAUACUAUUAUAUUCAUUAUUCAUAAUCGUCAUAUUAACUUGUGCAAUGUGUGAAUAUUUCAUUCUGACUAGUCAUAAAAAGGACCAGCACUUCAUGUAUCAUAGUACGAUGAUUUGACCAGACAAUGGACCUUUAUCAUUCGUGGUGCAAAAGUGUAGUAAAAUGUAGUAUCAAUAAAUUAUAAAAGAAAAUA